AUGUGGCAGGAGCUGAAGGACCACUUCAAGCCCUGCGGCCCCAUCGCCCACGCGGACGUCAAGGGCAAGGAGUCCGGGAAGAGGCGGGACUCGUACCCGAGCGUCGGAGAGAUCCGCAUGAGCACAGCGCAGGAGGCAGAGAAGGCCUUGCAGCUGCUGAACGGCAGCCAGCUGAUGGGCUCUACCAUCGAGGUGAAACUUCACAGCGGCUCCACGGAUGCCACCAAGCUGCAGAUCUCGGGUAUCCCUGCUGGCGCGGCCUGGCAGGAGCUGAAGGACCAUUUUGCGUCUUGCGGCACCGUGCUCCAUUCCGAGACAACGCCCAUCAUUCCAGGGCAGGAGGUCACUGGCGAGGUGCGCUUCGAGGAUGCUCAGCACGCUCAGCUGGCACUGAAGACGCUGAACGGCAGCAUGAUCGGUUCAUCGCAGAUCUUUGUCGCGCUGGACAGGGGGUCCACAGACGGUACCAAGAUUAUUGUGACGGGCCUCAGCCCCGCUACCGGAUGGCAGGAGCUUAAGGACCACUUCAAUUCCAUGGGGACCAUAGCCUUCGCCGACGUCCACAAAGCGAAGGGCAAGGGUGGCAAGGGCAAGGGCGGCUGGGACUCCUGGGGCGCCAAGGGCGGCGGCAAGGGCGCCUGGGGUGCCGGCGGUGCCGCCUUUGGCGGCGCUGCCUGCGGAGGCAAGGGCGCGGGCGCUGCUGCUUGGGGCGGCAAGAGCGCCGGCUUCGGCGCCGCCGCCGCCGCUGGCGGCCAGGCCUUCCCCAGGGUGCCGGGCGCGCUCACGGGCACCGUCCGGUACGAGACGCCGCAGGCCGCUCAAAUGGCCGUGGCGCAGAUGAACGGCGGCUUCCUCAAUGGCGGGCAGAUCACUGUGGACAUGGACUGGAACUCCGCGGACGGCACCAAGCUUUGGGUGGGCGGCAUCCCCCCUGGGACAGGCUGGCAGGAGCUCAAGGAUAUAUUCUCGCAGUGCGGGCCCCUGGCCUACGCCAACGUCAACACGGGCAAGGGGAAGAAUUGA